GUAGCUUGUUUUGCCUGGGUAGAGCUCCCAUCGCAGCCGGGUGGGCGAACUUUGUUGUUUCAUCCCCCCCUGCCUGGGAUAAGCUUUGGGGGGGAGUGGGACAAUAAUAAAGCUACCAGCUGCAAAUUUCCUUUGGACAACUGAUAUUCUUCUGAUCGCAUCCUUCUUCGCAAAUCCGGUCAACUCUUAAUACCCCAGACCUGCAUCUGCCUGCUGCACAGAAAGACAAUAGCGACGCCAAAAGAUACCACACGGAUCGAGCUCGACGAUUUUGCGUUCGAGGUGCGACCAAUUCGUCAUCGACAUCACUAGCUCGGAGAGACCUGCGGCACGAAGACUGCCCGGUACGAUGGCUUCGCAUCGAGCAAUUGUCAAGGCCUCGGCCGUAGUGCCGGGAAUUUACCAGUUCAUUUUUACCAUCGAACCCAUUUUGGCUAUCCUCGGCGCCGUCAUGGUCUUGCACGCACCGCACCAGUAUCUCGCAGGAAUGACGCGCAACGCGAUGCCGUACACGCCCGACACGCGAUUCCUCUACACACAAGUGGGCGGCGGGUGGCUCUUUAUUGCCUUCGUCGAGGGCGUGGUCCUGCGGCUCUUCGACGAUCUGAGCUUGUGGCGCGUCAUCUGUGCGGGAAUGCUCCUGAGCGACGCCGCUUAUGCUCAUGGCACCGCGCAGGCUGUCGGCGGAUGGGGGAUAUGGUUGGAUAGGUCUCUGUGGACGGUGGAGGACUACGUUGUCUUCUGGACGACGGCUCCAAUGCUAGUCGUGCGAUGCCUGCUCGUGCUUGGGAUCGGGAUUAGGAUACCGAAGGAAGGCGAUGCCAAGCAGGGUGAGAAACAAGCGAAGUAAAGAAACGGUUGCGUCAAUGCUCUCGAGGAGAUGGAUGCUCUGAAUCUUACCAAGUCACAUACAGAUAUCCCUAAAACAGCCCGAGGUAGUCAGCUGAGAUUCGCAAGCGCAGUAAAGCUCCUGUAAAUUAACUUCGGAAAUUGGACAUUAGUUAACAUCUGUAGUUGGCCGCGGAUGUUCGAGUUGCAAAACAAUAGUGUGACGUCACCUGUCAUGCAUUAACUUUCUUGUCAGACGAAAGACCCGUCGCUUUGACCUCAACGUUAAUGCUCCCCACGAACCUAUCGUCAGGAGGGGAAUGAGAAACAGUACACUGAAGCCAUCGG